AUGUCAAAAGGUUCUCAGAGGACUGCUUCGUUCGUGGAGCAGUCUGUAUACUAUCCUGAACUGUGCGACGUUGAUUGCAAAGGUCGUAUAAUGUGCAGGCGAGUCAGAGACGCAUCUGAGGAGCCCAUUAAAGGAUCAGUGAUGACCCUGGCGGACUACUGUGAAAAUAUUGAAGACUAG